CACAACGUGGGCAUUUAACGCAUAACACACGGCUGACUUUCGGGUUAAAAAGCCUAUUGGUGUUACGCAGCCUCCGCGAGCCACCCUCAGUAGGCGGUACUGUGAAAUUGUCGAAGUCAGAUUUUGAACAGUUAUAUUGAACAACAUAGGUGUUUGCAUGGGGAGCGGAGAAAGGCUAGAGGAGAUCCAGCUGCAACAGACAUAUUUUUAACUGUCUCUUUAGUGGAGAUUGUUGGCUUCAUUUAAAGAGUUGGACCUGCUAAUGUAACUGGACCUGUGCCAUAGCGAAGCAAUACGGAUAUCUAAUGUUGCUUUAGUUUCUGAAUUCGUGGUUUUGCAUAGUUAUGCCGCGAGCUUGUGCUGUGAGGUUAUCUCCUAUAACCAUUUAAGACCAUACGACGCUUGUUGAUCAUAUAUCAUAUGUUCAAUUAGCAAAUCUCUCAGUCCAGUGUUGAAUAAUCAUUAGCACUGGGCAUUUCGUGGGAUGGGACUUAACAAACUCUGAAGGAGUGGCUGAGAGAUAGGAAGAGGAAAGAAGACCAAAACUAAGAGGAAAGGAAAGAAAAACAUGCAGCACAGUUCUUCAGACCAGUCAGCCACGGUGGAUGAACUUGUUGAUGCAUGCAUCCAAGCAUUUGAUGAGAAGGGCACUCUGAAAGAACCUUCCUUGGUGCGCAUGUUCCUAAUGAUGCACCCAUGGUACCUUCCCUCCACCGAAAUGGCAAAGAAACUGUUGUUGAAGUCACAGGAGGAGAACUGCACUGCUGAGCUCAGAACAAAAAUAUGCCAUCUUGUGAAGUACUGGAUUUCAGAGUUCCCAGCAGAGUUCAAUCUGAACCCAGCGCUGGCGGACCAGAUCAAAGACCUGAAGGACCUCUUGACCACUGAGGGGAAUGAGCGCCAAAGUCGGCUCAUAGACAUUGACAGUGUGCCAUCGUACAAGUGGAAGCGUCAGGUGACCCAGCGUGUGCCCUCCAUGUCCAAGAAGAGGAAGAUGUCUCUGCUUUUUGACCACCUAGACUCAUCAGAAUUGGCUGAACACCUCACCUACCUGGAGUACAAAUCUUUCUGCAAGAUUCUAUUCCAGGACUACCACAGCUUUGUGAUGCACGGCUGCACUGUGGAUAACCCCAUCCUGGAGCGCUUCAUCACCCUCUUCAACAGUGUGUCACAGUGGAUUCAACUUAUGGUCCUCACCAAGCCCACUGCUCCGCAAAGAGCUGCCGUCAUCUCGCACUUCAUCCGGGUGGCCCAGAAACUUCUUCAGCAGCAGAACUUUAACACACUGAUGGCUGUGGUAGGGGGUCUUAGUAACAGCUCUAUCUCUCGUCUCAAAGAAACCCAGACACACAUCAGUUCAGAAACAAACAAGGUGUUCAAUAGUUUGAUUGAACUAGUGACGUCGUGCGGCAACUACAGCCAGUACCGCAAGCGUUUCUCAGAGUGCACAGGCUUCCGUUUCCCUAUACUGGGAGUGCACCUCAAAGACCUGAUUGCUGUGCACGUGGCACUGGCUGACUGGGUUGACCCAGAGAAAACCCGGGUUAAUUUAGUCAAGACACAGCAGUUGUAUGCUAUCCUACAGGAUCUGGCAAUGGUCCAAACCAUGCCACCUAACACAGAUGCUAACACUGACCUGCUUAACCUCCUCACGGUAUCACUGGACCAGUACCACACAGAAGAGGAGAUCUACCAGCUUUCUUUGCAGAGAGAACCUCGCAGUUCCAAGCCAGCGCAGAACUCCAGCCCUGCCACUGCUCCCGCCCCUAAGCCCUCCAUGAUUGAUGAGUGGGCAGCAUCGGUGAAGCCCAAAGCUGAUCCAGCAGUCAUCAACAAACACAUUGAGAAGAUGGUGGACUCAGUCUUCAAGAACUUUGAUACAGAUGGAGAUGGCCACAUCUCCAGAGAAGAGUUUGAGAUAAUCAGGAACAACUUCCCAUACCUCAGCAAGUUUGGAGAACUGGACAAGAACCAGGAUGGGAAGAUCAGUCGAGAAGAGAUGAUUGACUAUUUCAUGAAGGCCAGCUCCUUGCUCAACUGUAAGAUGGGGUUCAUACACACCUUCAAUGAGACCACGUAUGUCAAGCCCACCUUCUGCGAGCACUGUGCUGGCUUUAUUUGGGGUUUCUACAAACAAGGCUAUAAGUGCAAAGCGUGCGGAGUGAACUGUCAUAAGGCGUGUCGUGGUCGCCUGGCAGUGGAAUGUCGCAAGCGGACCAAAAGCAUCAGCCAUGAGACACCACCAACUCUCCAGGCUCGCUCUUACAGCUUCCCCCCUCCUGCCAACACCCCUCCAAAUCUACAAAACACAGUAAUUACAGAGGAGGACCUAGAGUCAGUCGAGGAGGGUGUCUUUGACAUUCAUCUAUAACUAGAUCGUCUCUUCCAAUUUUAGCCAAUCACACUAACGUGUCUAUGUGGACUUCAACAGCCUGCCAUAAUAACGGACAUUGUCUCCUUCAGAUCACGAGCAAUGUCGUCUGGUAACAUGUAGGUGAAAUAUUGCUUGUUAAUCUUAUUAAACCGAUUAUCAUACAUGAUUGAAUAUUUUUGAGAAUGGCAGGAUCCAUGUUUAGUCAUUUUAAGUGUUUCCUAGUCUAACCUUUAGCAAGCUAUCUGUGAUCGGCUAAAAUUGGAAGAGACAUCUGAUAGGCUGCAGAGGAUAUCUUUUAGAAAAAAUGCAUUUGUGAAUCUAGGCAUGUCAGGAAAGUUUCUAAAAUCAACACACAAAUGCAGGGAUUUGUAACUCAUGUUUGUCCGAUUUGUAACUUGUGUUCUCCGAUUUGUAACUCAUGUUCGUCAGGUUGCAAACAAAUAAUGGUGUCAUUUAUUUGUGGAUCGCGUUACAGUGUGAAUCGCGUUAGGGAGUCAGGUGGCUGAGCGGUGAGGGAAUUGGGCUAGUAAUCAGAAGGUUACCAGUUCGAUUCCCGGCUGUGCCAAAUGACGUUGUGUCCUUGGGCAAGGCACUUCACCCUACUUGCCUUGGGGGUAAUGUCCCUGUACUUACUGUAAGUCGCUCUGGAUAAGAGCGUCUGCUAAAUGACUAAAUGUAUUGUAAAUGUACAUUUGUGAAUCACAAAAUACAUUUGUGAAUCGCGUUACAUUUAUUUGUGAAUCGUGUUACUUUGUUUGUGAAUUAUUAAACUAAUCUAACUCCAUAACAUACUGUCAUCUAGUGGACAAAACUGCAAUUACAAAUUAAAGCACUCCCCGCAAAAUUAACCAACACACUGAAUGUCAGAUUGUCCAGUUGUUUGGUUGGUAAUUCUAUAUUUUGAUCCUGCUUUGUGGUGUAUAUUACCUGCUGAAUAUAUGAUUGCUUGAACACUGAAUUUAGAAAAAAUCUAUGAAAUUGUAUUUUAGAAUGGUUAUUGGGAUUGUGAGUCUAUUUUUAUUUCAAUAAGUCAUAUUUUGAUAACAUGUUGCUGUAUACAAUUUGCCUUGUAUGUUUUAAAUUCUAUGUUAAAAACGAAAGAGGUGCUGUUACUUCCACGAGUGUAUACUUGUCACACUCAAGUUAACUAAUAUGCAUUGUCAGUUUGAAUGUUAUUUGAAUACUAUUGUAUUUCUUUCAUGUUUAACUGAAUAUCAAUUACUGUCCUAUGGUGAUAACUUUGGUGUGUAAAGUAUAAGACUAUGAAUGACGUCUCAGAGAACUGAUAUUUUUAUCCUCUUGCAGUACUUUAAAUGCAGUGGAAACAGUACAAUCGUCCUGAGAAAUCAAAUCUAUUUUAAUGAAAGUCUUAUUAAAAGUAUUGUUUACGCAUGCUUCUUGCUAAGUGGUUAUCUCUGAUGUUGAUAUUUAUUUAUGUAGCACGCAUAUUUAUAUUUUUAAAUGGAAGCAGAGUUUUGAAAGUGAAGUUGAUUAAAAGGAACAGAGGUUUGGGCACACAGUAAUGAAAAAUUGGUUUGAGUCAAAAAGUGUUUAUGAAACAUUUGGUUGAGUUAUUGACUAAAUAACUGAAAAACUGAAUACAUUUUCUUAUAUAUAGCCUACUUGAGAAGUGUAAAAAACUCAAAUUAUCUACAAACAAAAAUGAUCUAAAAACUGUUAACUGUCUCUAGUCUGUUUUCACAGUGUUAAAUCUACAAUGCAUCACUCAUAUUUGUUUUAAUAAGAAUUUUCAACAUGGCUCUGA